AUGUAUAAAAAUGAACUAGACUACACUGCAAACUUAAAAUUUAUUGACGAUAUCACUACAAAAGAGUUUAAGCAAUAUGAAGUUGGACAUCGAAAGACAUAUUCAUAACCAGAUCAAAUCCAAUUAAAACGCUAACCUGAUCGCUUAGGUAUUCACAGAUAUUAUUAAUAUAAGAAAUUUCAAUCAAUUAAAGUAUAACUUUACAAAUGUAUCCGAGCAUCUUCAAAUAUAUAAAGAUUAAAGUGAAAGAAUACACAAAACCAUUAAAUUUUGUUUACGAAUCAAACAAUAAUUAAUGUUUGAUCAAGAUAUUUGUAUCAUCAAUAACUGAUAGUCCAAAUAUAUUAAAUAAUAGUUUACAAGUGAUUGUAAAAAUAGUCAUCUAUAGAUUAGAAUAAAUCAAGAUUUUAAUUUACUGAACCACCAUCUCACAUUACAAAAUUCAAAUGCGAUUAUGUAUACUUAUCAAUAUACACUGAUAAAUAUACAGAUUUAAAGAUCAAAGCAACUGUUGGGGUUCAUCAAUCCAACUCUAAUAGAAGCCUUUAAAAAAGAUAAUAAACUCCAAUGCUUUAACUUCCUAGAGAGUUAUUGACUUCUAGAGAACCAGGCAGUUAUACUUAUAGAAGUAAUCUCUCAUGUAUUAUUAUUAAUCUUUAAGGUUAAUAGUGCAUAAACCGAAAACUAGUUCAUCAUUUAUUCGAUCUAAUAAGGAAUCAUAAGUGAAAUUCAAAUUAAUAUUGGAUUUUAAGAUCAAAAAUACUAAACAGAAGAAUUCAUUAAUAGAAGAAAUGAUGAAAAAAAAGUCUAUGAUUUAGCAAAAUAAAAAAGUAUAAUUGUUGGAAUAAUCUUACACUCAUGAAAUUGAUAGAUUACAAUCGAGAGUAUAAAGAUUAAGAAGUGAAAUCAAGUUCCAUAUCAGCAACAUUGAUAUAUUAUGGUUAGAAUUACUUGUUAUUACUUUGUUAGCCAAAAAGAUCAAACAUUAAUAUUAUGUAUGUGUAAAUUUAAAUAGAAACGAGUCAUGAGAAUAGUUAUUAAUAAUAAGGUUUAAGUUUGUUGUAGAAAGUUCAUGAGAAUUAUGCUCAAUAAGAUCAGUUCCAGAUAUUAAUAUGGGAAAAAAGAAGCUGUCUAUCUUGAUACAAACAUUUUAUUUUAUUUUGGAGCCAAAUUAAUGAGAAGUAAAGCUAAAUAAAGAGCUUAUUCUUACCUCAAUCAUUUCCUAUAUAGAUAUGGUCAUCUCUCAAAUGGAAUGAAUAAAAUGUAAUAAUUUAAUUUGAAGAUUAAAUAUAUUUAAUUGAAAUGGAAGCAAUUCAAAAAAUCUGAAGCAAAUUACUUAAAUAGGGUAGCUGAUCAAAUUAUUGAUAAAUGGGGUUUUUUAUAUAGAGAAAUUAUUGGAGAUUUGUAAAAUGCUCCUAAAUCUGCCCCUACUUAAGACAAAAGAGUGCUCUUAGAAACAAUUUCUGAUAAUCUUAAUAAUUAUAAAAGAUCAUUUCUUUAAUUGAAUAACAUAUUUGAUAAAUUGGCAAGUGGAGCAACUGUUUUUAGACCAAUGAAUAAUAUUAUUAUGAAGGAUAUCAUGCAUCAAUAUGUAAUAAAAAAAGGCAAUAAAUUUUAAUGA